AUGAACGUACUUGCGGUUGUCGGUGUGUUGGUGAGUGUGGUCGGUGUGGCCAUGAACUCACUGAGCUCGCGCGUGUUCCUGAGACAGGACUGGCGGAAGAACACGGUGACGGCCACUCUCUUGUCGCUCACGCUGUCAGACACGUGCGUGUUGGCCUGGAGCCUGCUCUACUACGGUGCUCACUUCCUCACCGACAUAGCGAGAGACCAGGGUGUGAACCUCUCUGCCUUACAGAGCUACGUGUUCGCCUGGCCCCGCUCCAUGUUCUACGACAUCUCCAGCUGUACCACGGUCCUCGUCUCUCUAGAGCGAUGUCUUUGCGUGGCCCUGCCCCUCAAGGUCAACUCUGUGCUCACCCCGAGACGUGUACAGACCAUUCUGUGCCUUAUCUGGUGCCUGGGCCUGGCCUCCUACAUCCCCGUGUUCACCUCACAUUUUUUUGUCCGGAGGUUGGAGCCGGCCACCAACAUGACCCUUCUCACAAUCGGGGUCACGAGCUACCGUCCCAAAGUGGAGGCCAUUCAUAACAUCUUGAAUACUUUAUUUCUACAGACUGUUUGUCAAAUAACGCUGGUCAUCAGCACCUGUGUGAUGGCUUACGGCCUCUAUAGGUCUUCUAAAUUCCAGGAACAUUCCAGCAGUUUGCCAUCUGUGGAAAAGUCCAAAGUAUCAUCUCCAGGAGAACAGAAAGAUGAGGUACUCUCAACCCAAGACAAUGAAGGAGAUAACAAAUCCAACGAACAACACCCCAACGACAGUGCCGUUCCUCAGACUGAACCAGACAGGGGGGUAAGGUCACCGCGGGCAAAGAGAGAAAAGAAAGUCUCCAAAGAAGGAAAUAAAGCUGUUGCACCGUCGACAAAAUACAAGAGAACGAUUCGGGUUGUAAGUGGCGUAUCUUCUCUUUUCAUUGUUUGCAACACGCCUCUCCUGGUGGUGGUGUACAUGAAGAGACUCUUCCCUGGCUUUGGCUUUGGGCUCUCCCACCACAGUGAGUACGUCCUUGCAGUCAACAUCGUGUUCCUCAGCACAGCAAUCAACGCUGCGUCCAACUUUUUCGUGUACGCCGUGUUCAACAGAAAAUUCAGGGAUGAAUUACGAAGACUUUGUGGGCGAAACGCGAAGUACUCGUAG